GCAACUUUUUCACUGUUAAACCCUGGCUUAAGCCGGGCCUCAUUUUUCAGGCCAGGGCCCGGGUAUAAUUUAUGCCAGGCCACGCCAUAGCCGGUCCGGUUUAGGGUAUGAGUGGUUGGGUACGAUAUUCCUAGCACGACCCCAUUUGCACUAAUGCUCUGAAGCGAGCAGCAGCAUAAACAUUCGCAGUCUCUCUCACUGAUUUCUGGUUGAGUUUCAGAAAUGAAUGGCGCAAUGAAGGGGGCGAUUUUCAACCUACAAAGCCAAAGUCAACUGAGGCUCGCUAUGUUUCAUUCAACUCCUGUUCUUGAGCGUAAACGACGAAGAUAUUGGCAAACGCCGGGUUUUAGUCACGACCUAGGCUGGAUUGAGCACUGGUUCUCUGUUGGACUGGCCGGUUUGGGUUUUAAAAUAGCGAGUUGGCGAGAUGACCUUCAUGAGGAUGAUCCAUUGACAAGCAAAGGUCCAUCAUGGUUUAAAAAACAAUAUUGUGGGAGAUCCAAAAAUAAUUGGAACCAGGGUCGACAAUACUGGGAUAGAAAGAGGGUUUUGGGAUCUUUAUUUGGCAGGAGUGGCUGCUUCUAUUGUUCCUUCAUUAAUGAAGAGAAUACUAAAUGGAAGAGUUCAUCGAACAAUUAUUAUAGCUAUACGAAUUACAGGAAUUGGAAAGCCCAAUUUGAAGAGGAAUAUGAGUCCUCAACUGAAUCAGACAAUUUAGACCCAGAUAUGGCUUCAAAUAGGCUGGCUCUUGGACUAAGUGCUUAUGGUCCUCUCAAACUCGAGGAAGUCAAAAUCAAAUAUAGAGCUUGUGCACUGAAAUGGCAUCCAGAUCGUCACCAAGGCUCUUCCAAGGUUGUUGCAGAGGAAAAAUUCAAGUUGUGCAGUCAAGCAUACCGAUCUUUAUGUGACAAACUAGGUGUGAACUAAGGUUAUCGCAAUUCUUGCUGAAUCAGGAAGCUAUUUCCAUUUAACUCUCGCCAACUCUCGAAAGCACACUAGCAGAUGCAAUGAGCUGAUUCUGUUUGAUCGAGUUUUGCCAUUCCAUUGCCAAUUCUUAUCUCAAAAUUCAGGUUUACAUGAUCAUUCUUUCAGAAUAAACCAAGUUGAGUCUUGAUAGAAAUUACAAACUCCACUGCACUGUUGUCUUGAAACAAGAUUUUAAAUUUAGGGUUCAUUUGUAUACCUUGUUGCAAUGCAACUUUAGAAUGUUCCAUUAUUUUGCAAUAUUUUCUCAUGUGAACCGUCAAAUUGUUGCGGCAAUACAAGCAUUUAACAAUAAAUGUUGAUGAUUGUUGUUCA